UCGCUUACGCCCUCUCCUCUGCUCUUCCUCUCUUCCUUUCUUCCUCCAAAUUCAAUACUCGGACCUUUCUUCCUAAUUUCCAUGGCCUCCAUAAACUUCGUCGGCACUGCGCCAGCUUCCACCUCCUCAAAAACCUACUUUCCUAUCUCUUCUUCGUCAUCUUCCUCGCCCUCAUAUCAUCGACCCGCGGCGGCCCUGCCGUCUUCCUGGUCGCUGGGCGGCGCUGGGCUCGAGGCGUCUAGAUUUGCAUCUAGAUCUCAGCUCCAUCUCCAUCGAGGCGGUGGCCUCCUUGUGGUGCGCGCGGCCCGUGGCAAGUUCGAGCGGAAGAAGCCGCACGUUAACAUCGGUACCAUCGGGCAUGUAGACCACGGGAAGACCACCCUAACAGCGGCGCUCACAAUGGCCCUUGCUUCCCUCGGAGGAAGCGCCCCAAAAAAGUACGACGAGAUCGACGCCGCCCCGGAGGAACGCGCCCGUGGCAUCACCAUCAACACUGCCACCGUCGAGUACGAGACGGAGAACCGACAUUACGCCCACGUUGAUUGCCCUGGACAUGCUGACUAUGUAAAGAACAUGAUAACGGGCGCCGCCCAGAUGGACGGUGCCAUCCUCGUAGUAUCCGGUGCUGACGGCCCCAUGCCCCAAACCAAGGAGCACAUCCUCCUCGCCAAACAGGUUGGCGUACCCAACAUGGUCGUAUUUCUUAACAAGCAGGACCAGGUCGACGAUGAAGAGCUCCUCCAGCUCGUUGAGCUCGAGGUUCGUGAGCUCCUCUCCUCGUACGAGUUCCCCGGUGACGACGUCCCGAUCAUCUCUGGAUCUGCUCUCCUUGCGCUCGAAGCACUUAUGGCUAACCCUAAAAUCAAGCGUGGGGACAACGAGUGGGUCGACAAGAUCUACGAGCUAAUGGACGCUGUUGACGAUUACAUCCCUAUUCCCCAGCGCCAGACCGACCUUCCUUUCCUCCUAGCCGUUGAAGACGUCUUCUCCAUCACUGGGCGCGGCACUGUCGCCACCGGGCGUGUCGAGCGCGGCACUGUCAAGGUCGGUGAAACCGUCGACAUUGUUGGGCUUCGGGAGACUAGGAAUACUACCGUCACUGGAGUGGAGAUGUUUCAGAAGAUACUUGACGAGGCCCUUGCUGGUGAUAAUGUGGGGCUUCUUCUCCGUGGAAUUCAGAAGGCAGAUAUACAGCGUGGGAUGGUUCUUGCUAAGCCUGGAACCAUUACUCCGCACACAAAGUUUCUGGCUAUUGUCUAUGUGUUGAAGAAGGAGGAGGGCGGCCGACACUCUCCGUUUUUUCCUGGGUAUCGACCACAGUUCUACAUGAGGACUACUGAUGUCACUGGGAAGGUCACGGGCAUCAUGAAUGAUAAGGAUGAAGAGUCAAAGAUGGUCAUGCCGGGAGACCGGGUGAAGAUAGUCGUGGAACUCAUAAUGCCUGUGGCGUGUGAGCAGGGGAUGCGGUUUGCCAUCAGGGAGGGCGGCAAGACUGUUGGGGCUGGUGUUAUUCAGACUAUUAUUGAGUAAAGGGGUUUUUCUACUGAAUUAUUUCAGUUAUGCAAGGGAAGCUUCUUGACUUUAGAUAAGCCCCAUGCCAUAUUAGGUGGAAAAUUAUACAAAUUCAGGUUUCAACAUCUCAUGACUUGCCACUGUCAUAUAUUUUUUAGCCUUUUAUUUUUUCUUCCUUGAAACUUUGAUAUUUUCAUCUUUUGAUGAGGUAUUGCUCUGUAAACUUGUAGUUUCCAAAGUAUGUUAUUGCUUGUUAUUUAUUUUGCCUGCUUUUACUUGAAUUUUCAUUCGUUGAGUGCA